GAGUAAUGAUGACGUCUGACUUACUGCGACGCAUUUUACACACGUGUUUUGUCGACUCAACUCCAGUCGGUGACAGCAAAUCUUGAAUUGUAAAAGCAUAUCUGCAUCAAACUACACUGCACAUACCCGACUGUAAACAUGGGGAAGAAACUCAAAGUUGGAAAGACCCGAAAAGAUAAAUUCUACCACCUUGCCAAAGAAACAGGUUAUCGUUCUCGUUCUUCUUUUAAACUUAUUCAACUAAAUCGAAAAUUCCAGUUUCUUCAGAAAGCCAGGGCCCUUGUGGAUCUGUGUGCUGCUCCUGGAGGAUGGUUGCAGGUGGCAGCAAAAUUUAUGCCAGUGUCGAGUCUUAUCAUUGGUGUUGAUCUUGUGCCAAUCAAACCUAUUCCCAGUGUUGUCACCCUUCAAGAAGACAUUACUACAGAGAAAUGUAGACAGGCUCUUAGAAAAGAGCUCCAAACUUGGAAGGCUGAUGUUGUGCUUAAUGACGGAGCUCCCAAUGUGGGUGCAAACUGGCAACAUGAUGCUUAUUCACAAGCUCAUUUAACUCUGAUGGCUCUGAAACUUGCCUGUGAAUUCUUGAACAAAGGAGGCACUUUUGUGACAAAGGUUUUUCGCUCUAAAGACUAUCAGCCUCUGCUUUGGAUUUUUCAGCAGUUUUUUAAGAAGGUGCAGGCCACAAAGCCUCAGGCCUCAAGAAACGAGUCUGCUGAAAUCUUUGUUGUUUGUCAGGGUUUUGUUGCACCAGAUAAAAUUGACAACAGGUUUUUUGACCCUAAGCAUGCCUUCAAAGAGGUGGAGGUCCAGGCAAAAACUGUAAAGGACCUUGUUUCUGACAAAAAGCCAAAGGCAGAGGGGUAUGCUGAUGGCGACUUGACACUUUUUCAUAGUUUUACAGUGACUGCUUUUCUCAAAGCUGAAAACCCUGUAGAUUUUCUAUCCAAAGUCAGUCAGAUUAAAUUUGACAACCCUGAUUUGGAGAAUCAUACAUCCACAACUGAAGAGAUCAAAGAAUGUUGUCGUGACAUCAAAGUGUUAGGCCGAAAAGAGCUGCGAAUGCUGUUAAAUUGGAGGACUAAACUUAGGAGAUAUCUUGCCAAGAUACUUAAAGAGCAAACAAAGCAACUGGAUCAAGAUAUUAGCUUAAGUUCUGAUGAACAACAAAGUGAUUCAGAGAAAGAACAAGACAAUAAAGAGGAAGAUGAGCAGGGGGACAGUGAAGAAGAAAUGGACAAUAAAUUGGCUCAGCUAAAGGCGGAGGAGGUGGCUGAGCUGAAAAGGAAGAAAAGAAAGAUACUAAAGGAGCGGAGGAAGCAGCGAGAGCGUGUAGAGUUAAAAAUGGACUUGCCUGGUGUAUCCAUCGCUGAUUCAAAUGAUGCUUGCUUGUUCUCACUGAUGACUGUAAAGAAGCAGAAGGUGCUUUCUGAUGUAUCCAAAGGAGACAUGUUAGCAGCUGAUUCCAUGGUGGACGGAGAGGAUGACAUUCACUUUUCGGACGACGAUGACGAUGCAGAUAAAAUGUCCCUGGCUUCUGAACUUGAUGAUGAUGACUUGGAAGAAGUGUACCUGAAAGAAAAAGAGCUUGAGAAAAAAGCUACAAAAAAGAAAGUGAAAUUUGCAGAAGAGGAGCCUGAAGAAGAUGGAGAUGAAAGUGGUCUGGUGGUAGAGUUAGAAGAUAAAGAGGAGAAGAAGGAACGAGAGACCAACCUGUGGUUUAGCAAGGGCAUCUUCUCUGAGAUUGACCUGGAAGGAGAUGCAGAGAGUGAGCUGAAACACACUGAAUGGUUACAAAACAAACAAACUGGCAAAGGCACAAAGAGAAAAGCUGAGGAGAAGGAAGAAGAAGAGGAGGAGGUUUCCACGGCUUUUGUAGAAGAAGCAGGACCUUCGCAGAUGGCAGAGGACAGUGACAGUGAUUCUGAUGACAGCGAUGAUGAAAUACAAAUAUCACAGAUGAAGCAGGCCAAAGGGGCAGCUGGGAUGUCUGCCGACGCAGAUGAUGAUGAUUUUCAAGUUGUUCCUGUAGAAAGCACGAGUAAAAAAAAUCAGAUUUUAGAUGCGGAAGGUUUGGCUUUGGGCUCACAGAUUGCUGCAUCAAAGAAGAGAGCCAGAGAUCUUAUUGAUGAUUCCUUUCAUAGGUUUGCUAGCUCUGAUGAGGCCUGGGAGGUACCUGAGUGGUUCCUGCAGGAUGAGCGGAAACAUAGAAAAAAGCCAGUGCCUGUCACCAGAGAGAUGGUAGACGAGUAUAAACAGAAAUGGAAGGAAAUCGAUGCCAGACCAAUCAAACGCGUUGCUGAAGCCAAGGCUAGAAAGAAGAGAAGGAUGAUGAAGAAAAUGGAACAGGCAAAGAAAAAAGCCGAGGCUGUUGUCAACACUGUGGACAUCUCUGAAAAAGAGAAGAUGGCUCAACUGAAAAGUAUCUACAAGAAGGCAGGCCUGGGUAAAGAAAAGAAACAAGUAACAUACGUUGUUGCUAAAAAAGGAGCUGGAAGAAAAGUAAGACGGCCUGCAGGUGUUAAAGGGGUCUUCAAAGUGGUGGAUGGUCGAAUGAAAAAAGAUACUCGAGCAAUGCAGAAAAAAGAGCAAAGAGCGAAAGGCAAAGGAGGCAAAGGGCGACCGGGCAAAGGGAAAGCAAAGGGCGGCAAAGGACAGAAAGGAAAGUGAACAUUCCCUGUUCAU